AAUGAAUCCAAUCAAUUAAAGUCUUAAACUAACUUUCUUCUGAUAAUCAUGAUCGUGUUAAAUUAGCGUUGGAGUGGGUAACAAUAACAUGUAUGUAUGUAUGGCAGGAGAAGACUCGGGUUUUAAAGAAUAGGUUAGACGGCUCUGAAUGAAUCAAAUCAAGUUCUCCUUACUUAACAAACAACCCCCCAAUCCCUCACUCAUUCCCGUUUGUUUCAUAAUCAUCAAUACUCCUAACUCACUCACACCGGUGCUCAUAGAGAGACGCCAUGGUGUCUGUCGCUGGGGUUGCUACUACACAGCCUCUUUUUUCUUUUGGAUUGAUUUCAGACGUCCAAUACGCUGACAUUCCUGAUGGCCGCUCAUUCCUUGGUGUUCCGCGGUAUUAUAGGCAUAGUAUUCUUGUGCUGCAGAGAGCAGUGAAAGAAUGGAAUUCUCAUCAGAAGCAUAAGUUUGUGAUUAAUUUAGGAGAUAUUGUUGAUGGGUUUUGUCCCAAAGAUCAAUCUAUUAAUGCUGUAAAGAAAGUUGUGGAUGAAUUUGAAAUGUUCAGGGGACCUGUGUAUAAUAUGAUUGGCAAUCACUGUCUUUACAAUCUUCCUCGAAGCACAUUACUUCCAUUAUUAAAGAUCCCAACCCUUGAUGGUUGUGCUUACUAUGACUUCUCACCAGUGCCAGAAUAUAGAUUUGUAGUUCUGGAUAGCUAUGACAUCAGUGCCAUUGGUUGGCCUCAGGAUCAUCCAAAAACAUUGGAGGCCUUGAAAUUGCUUAGGGAGAAGAAUCCAAAUGAAGAUAAGAAUAGUCCAAAUAAUUUAAAGGGGCUUGAAAGAAGGUUUCUUAUGUUUAACGGAGGUGUUGGAAAGGAACAGAUGGAAUGGUUGGAUGGUAUUCUCCAGGAUGCAACCAAAUUGAAACAGAAAGUGGUUGUCACAUGCCAUCUGCCUCUAGAUCCUUGUGCAACAUCCGAGGAGGCGCUACUGUGGAAUUGUGAUGAAGUGAUGAAUUUGAUACACAGAUACAGUUGUGUUAAAGCCGUUCUUGCUGGACACGAUCAUAAAGGUGGGUAUUCCAUUGAUUCUCAUGGGGUACACCAUAGAGUUCUUGAAGCUGCUCUUGAAUGUCCUCCGGGCACAGAUGCAUUUGGAAGCGUUUAUGUCUAUGAUGACAGGAUAUCACUUGUAGGAACUGAUAGAAUGGCAAAUACCGACAUGCAUUUUGAUCAUCAAUAACUUCAAUUUGUAUGACAUGAUGUUUAGAACACGCACAUUCUUUAAUCAAUAAUUUAUAGAGUAUACCUAUGGUCUCGUUAGAGUACUGCCCAAGUUGGAAUAACGCGGUUGUAACUGGUACCGCUAACUGGCAAGUUCUUGAAUCAACAUGCUCCUUCCUUUUGAGAGAGGAAAGAAUGCAACAUACAGCAUUAUUGGGGUUGUUACUGUGCUUAUGUGAUUUGUUAAUCGGUGUUAUAAAACUGUUGUGAAAUUUUACUUAAUCGCUUGGCAUACCUUUCAGAGAAAACCUUGUUGUGAUUAUGUAACUGUUGUUGUGUAUUAUUAGAGUUAUUUGCAUAUUUUUAUCACUUUCAUACUGAAUUACAGCUUA